AUAUGAAGUAUCAAUAAAACUCAAUGAUAAUAUAACCAAUCAUUUUCAGUCUCUUCGUUUAACCUUUAUCUAUCUGCUGUUACAUAUAAGAAUCAACAUUGUUUGUUACAUAUUGAACUAAUUAUCACUAAAUCUCUAAAGUUUCGUUAAUGGAGUUUCCUCAUCUAGGAGCAAACUGUUCGGUGCCAACUUGUCGAAUGCUUGGUACAUACGAAUUUCUAAGCUAUACUCCUCUAGAUUUUUUACCCGUUCGAUGUUCAGGAUGUCAUGGUGUUUUCUGCAAGGAUCACUAUUUGUAUGAUAGUCACAACUGUAAAAGUCCUGAACUCAAGGAUAAACAGGUCCCGGUGUGUCCACUUUGCGGAACCAUAGUCCCUCUAAAACCAGGCGAGCUUCCAGAUGUAAAAGUUGGAAAUCACAUUGAUACAGCAUGCCGUUCAAAGCCGGCUCUAGAGUUAAAAGGAAAGUUAUUUACAAAUACCUGCUGUAUGCCUCGGUGUAAAAAGAAAGAACUUGUACCCUUUUCUUGUGAUAGAUGCAAAUUAAAUUUCUGCGUAUCACAUCGUAAUGAAUUAGAUCAUAAUUGUAAAGGAUUUCAACAAAAUUUGAAUAACUCUAGGAAGUUGUCAGCUUCUGGUGCCGCAGCUCUCUACAGAGCUAUUUUUAGUGAUUUCAAUACAAAUUCAACUUCGAAGAACGUAUCAUCAACACAUACAACUCAUUCAUUGUCAUCGCCUCCUGCUGCUUCACCGUCAUUGUAUCGUGUAAGUUCUCGUGAAAUUCAAGAAGAAGAAGAUUUACAACUAGCUUUAGCAUUGUCUGAAUCACUUAACAAUCCAACGUCUCAUCCACAACCACCUGGAAGAACACAUCCUAAUACCGUUUCAAAAUCAUCGUGUAACAUUUCUUAGUUUAAUUAUCCUUCUAGUGUAAAUAGUAAACUUAUUCCAAACCUCAGGUUUUAUGUAUGUUCAUGUACGAUUUCUUUGGAAUAUGAGAUUAUAUUUAUGUUUUUCUUUUCUGGUUAUAUUUAGAAAAUGAACACUUAUUGUGAUUGUACGGCUUACUUUUUUUUAUCAAACUAAUUUUUUUUUUGAGAUGAUGUAACUUGCUAUUUCAGUUUAUUUUAAUCAGAGUUCAAUGUUUUCUUUUCUUUACUGUCUAUCUAUAUUGAGUGCGGGAUUAGUGUAUAAGUUUAAAUAUAAUGAAACUCAAUCCCUUCUCGAAUAGAACAUAUGUUCUUAUCUUUCCUAAAUUAUUUAUUAAGUUGGUUAACAGAAAUUAGGGCGAAA